AUGGAGCCCGAGAGCAAAGAAGAGAAGCCUCCUCAGCCAAUGGGAGCGGAGAAGUCGGAGACAGGAAUGAUCUACACUAUUGAAGACGUGCCCCCAUGGUACCUGUGCAUCCUGCUGGGUCUGCAGCACUAUCUGACGUGUUUCUCAGGCACGGUCGCUGUCCCGUUCCUAUUGGCUGAGGCCAUGUGUGUGGGGCGGGACCAGAACACCAUCAGUCUUUUGAUUGGCACCAUCUUCACCACCGUGGGCCUCACCACUCUGAUCCAGACCACUGUGGGCAUCAGACUCCCGCUGUUCCAGGCCUCAGCGUUUGCCUUCCUGAUCCCUGCUCAGGCCAUUCUCAGCCUGGACCGAUGGAAGUGUCCCCCUGAAGAUCAGAUCUAUGGAAACUGGAGUUUGCCUCUAGACACAAGUCACGUAUGGCACCCACGUAUCCGAGAGAUCCAGGGGGCCAUCAUCGCCUCCAGUCUUACAGAGGUUGUGAUUGGUGCGUUGGGACUUCCUGGUCUGAUGCUGCGGUUCAUUGGUCCACUGACGAUCACGCCCACAGUGACUCUGAUUGGUCUGAGUGUCUUUAACACUGCAGGAGAGAGGGCGGGGUCCCACUGGGGUCUCUCCGCUUUAUGCAUCUUCCUGAUCGUGCUGUUUGCUCAGUACCUCCGCACCACGUCGCUGCCGCUGCCCGUCUACAGCCCCAAGAAGGGGCUGUCCUCAACUCGGGUGCAGGUCUUCAAACUGUUCCCUAUCAUUAUGGCCAUCCUCCUCGUGUGGCUGCUGUGCUACAUCAUGACCCUGACUGACCUCUUGCCCUCUGACCCUGCUCGCUAUGGUCACCGAGCUCGGACCGACGCCCGCGGUGACAUAAUCAACUCUGCGCCAUGGAUAAGAGUACCCUACCCCUGUCAGUGGGGGUUGCCCGUGAUGACAGUCGCCGGGUUCCUGGGGAUGAUGAGUGCGACGCUCUCUGGGAUGGUGGAGUCGAUAGGAGAUUAUUACGCCUGUGCUCGUCUGUCUGGAGCCCCGCCCCCUCCUGUGCACGCCAUCAACAGGGGGAUCUUCACUGAAGGCCUCUGCUGCAUCAUCGCUGGUUUACUGGGAACAGGAAAUGGCUCCACGUCCUCCAGCCCCAACAUCGGGGUUCUGGGCAUUACCAAGGUAGGUUCCAGGCGUGUGGUCCAGUUUGGAGCUGGGAUCAUGCUUCUUCUAGGUUCGGUUGGGAAGUUCACAGCGCUCUUUGCCUCGCUACCGGAUCCCAUCCUCGGUGGAAUGUUCUGCACGCUAUUCGGAAUGAUCACUGCUGUGGGGCUUUCCAACCUGCAGCUCGUGGACCUAAACUCCAGCAGAAACCUCUUUGUUCUGGGGUUCUCCAUGUUCUUUGGCCUCACACUCCCAACAUUCCUGAAGUCUCACCCUGGGAGUAUCCGCACAGGGGUCCCAGAGUUGGACCAGAUCCUGACCGUGCUUCUCUCCACUGAGAUGUUUGUGGGAGGAUUUCUCGCCUUCUGCCUGGACAACACCAUACCCGGGUCCCCAGAGGAGCGGGGCCUCCUCCACUGGACUGCCUCAGCCUCAGCCUCCGUCUCGUCUCCGACUUACGACUUUCCGUUUGGGAUGAAGCUGAUCCGCAGGGUCCCAGGACUGAGGCGGGUGCCCGUGUGCCCGGGCUUCAGCGGGUUUAGAAGGUCUAGCCGGGAUCAGGAGAAAGACCAGGACCAGGAUCAGAUGGAAGACCAGGGCCAGGUCUGGACCCGCGUCUGA